AUGGACGAUGUCGACUUUGUGCACACGCCGGGUCACCACCCUUUGUUGCCCAUCCCCAAGGAGCUCAACGUCCGUCCUCCCCGAGCCAACGCCCACGCAGCCGAAAUCCUGAAGCAGAUGAUGGCAGAUGCGCCCGUCGCUGAGGACCAGGUCCUCGACCUAUCAGCUGGAAUCGAGAAGUCGCCGGAGGACGCAACGGUGCUCCUUCCUCUCUCCACUGUCGGCAGCCCGGCAAAGCAGACCGCCUCUUUACCCCGCACGCCCGAUGAGACGCCUGGCAGCCCAGACGAGACUGAAAUUAUCAAGGCCGUUUUGCCAUCAGAGGAGGAGGACAACCUCUCGAACGGUUGCGACCUCCCCAUUCCCAAGCCCGGAAAGGGUUACGUUCCAAAGGUGGACUUGAGCUCGGGUCUCUCUUCUCUGUCACCUCAGCAUCCUACCCGUGUGUGGAAUAGCCUCCUGCACGCUUGUCGCCCAGAGCAUCAGCCCACGGUCAAGUGGCAGUACAUCAACCGUCAAAAGAUGACUGUGACUCUGCCUCCAGAGCAUCCCAUUGUCAAAACUCUGGCCAGGAAACAGCUCCCCCUUGACAAUAAUUCUGCCGAGUACAAAGAUGCGCUGCGUCGACUCGGAGGCGAGAAACGUUGGAAAGGGCAGACUAGGCGACUCAAGGUGAGCAGAAUUGCAGUGUCCUCACUGACCUUCCAGGCAGAGGCUCAAAACGACGCAGUUCGUCAAUGUAUCGCCGACAACGGUCUUCUCUGGGUCAACUAUGAGGUAAUGAGCACCGUCGAUCCCGGGACUUACCUCGGUGAGCAGGCCGCUCGCCUCCGUGGAGGGAGGCCCCUGCUCACCGUCCCGGUCCAACCAUCCCAGCACGCGUCCAAGCGUCCCAUGGACGAUGGACACACAGGUGCGAGGAGCGUUAAGCCCAAGCUCAGCAUUACUACGGCCUCCACCUUGAAGGUCACCGAAGACGCCGCGAGUUCCGGAAACGGCCAUGCCGGAGAUCUUGAGAGACUUCAGCCGAUGAGCACUGAGACCGGGCAGGUAGACUGGCAGCAGCAGUUGUCUUGUGAGCGCGGAAGGAUCAAAGCAUUGCUGACGCCAGCGUUCUGCAUUGAGGCAGGAAUGCCAGUCCCGAAGUACUACCAGCGCAUCGAGAGACAGCAGGGUGUUUCCACCAUGUUCUUUGGCCAGGUCACCGUUGAACACGACCACUUUGAGUCAGACAAGGGCUUCGUCAAGUUGCGUGAGGCUCGUCAAGAGGUCGCCCGCCUCGUCUUUUGCGAGCACUUCGGCCAGGAGCCUGCUGCCUAG